CGGCGGGAUGGAGGCGGCGGGACGCGCGCUCGGCUGCGGGUCCGGGUGAAGCGGGGCGGAGCCGGCGCGGAGCGGGAGCCGGGCCCGAGCGGGAGGCGCAGGAGGCACGGCCAUGGCCACGAUGGUGCUUCCCCGGGAGGAGAAGCUGAGCCAAGAUGACAUCGUGCUGGGCACCAAAGCUGUCAUCCAAGGGCUGGAGACCCUGCGUGGGGAGCACCGUGCCCUGCUCGCUCCCCUGGUCACUCAUGAAGCCAGCGAUGCCGAACCCGGUUCCCAGGAGCGCUGCGUCCUCCUGCGGCGCUCUCUGGAGGCCAUCGAGCUGGGGCUGGGGGAGGCCCAGGUGAUCCUGGCGCUGUCGAGCCACCUGGGGGCCGUGGAGUCGGAGAAGCAGAAGCUGCGGGCUCAGGUGCGGCGCCUGGUGCAGGAGAACCAGUGGCUGCGGGAGGAGCUGGCAGGGACGCAGCAGAAGCUGCAGCGCAGCGAGCAGGCGGUGGCCCAGCUCGAGGAGGAGAAGCAGCACUUGCUGUUCAUGAGCCAGAUCCGCAAGCUGGAUGAGGACACAUCCCCCAACGAGGAGAAGGGAGAUGUCCCCAAAGACUCUCUGGAUGACCUGUUCCCCAACGAGGAGGAGCAGAGCCCAGCCCCCAGCCCUGGAGGAGGGGAUGUAGCUGCCCAGCAUGGGGGCUACGAAAUCCCAGCCCGGCUCCGCACCCUGCACAACCUGGUGAUCCAGUACGCCUCGCAGGGCCGCUACGAGGUAGCCGUGCCCCUGUGCAAGCAGGCCCUGGAGGACCUGGAGAAGACAUCGGGCCAUGACCACCCCGACGUGGCCACCAUGCUGAACAUCCUGGCGCUGGUCUACCGGGACCAGAACAAGUACAAGGAGGCUGCCCACCUGCUCAACGAUGCCCUGGCCAUCCGCGAGAAGACGCUGGGCAAGGACCAUCCUGCUGUGGCUGCAACACUGAACAACCUGGCGGUUCUGUAUGGCAAGCGGGGCAAGUACAAGGAGGCCGAGCCCCUGUGCAAGCGGGCAUUGGAGAUCCGGGAGAAGGUCCUGGGCAAGUUUCAUCCAGAUGUGGCAAAGCAGCUGAGCAACCUGGCCCUGCUGUGCCAGAACCAGGGCAAAGCUGAGGAAGUGGAAUACUACUACCGGCGGGCGCUGGAGAUCUACGCCACCCGCCUCGGGCCUGACGACCCCAACGUGGCCAAGACCAAGAACAACCUGGCCUCCUGCUACCUGAAGCAGGGCAAGUACCAGGAUGCAGAGAUCCUGUACAAGGAGAUCCUCACGCGCGCGCACGAGAAGGAGUUUGGCUCUGUGAACGGGGACAACAAGCCCAUCUGGAUGCACGCAGAGGAACGGGAGGAGAGCAAGGAUAAGCGCCGGGACAGCACCCCCUACGGGGAAUAUGGCAGCUGGUACAAGGCCUGUAAAGUAGAUAGCCCCACAGUCAACACCACCCUGCGCAGCUUGGGGGCCCUGUACCGGCGCCAGGGCAAGCUGGAGGCCGCGCACACGCUGGAGGACUGUGCCAGCCGCAGCCGCAAGCAGGGCCUGGACCCUGCCAGCCAGACCAAGGUGGUGGAAUUGCUGAAAGAUGGCAGUGCUGGGCGGGGAGACCGCCGUGGCAGCCGUGAGGGGGCCGGGCCACGAUCUGAGUCUGACUUGGAGGAAACAGGGCCUGCCGCUGAGUGGAGUGGGGAUGGCAGCGGCUCCCUGCGGCGCAGUGGCUCCUUUGGGAAGCUCCGAGAUGCUCUAAGGCGCAGCAGCGAGAUGCUGGUGAAAAAGCUGCAGGGUGGUGGCCCCCAGGAGCCCCCUAAUCCCAGGAUGAAGCGGGCCAGUUCCCUCAACUUCCUCAACAAGAGUGUGGAAGAGCCAGCCCAGGCUGGAGGGACAGGCCUCUCUGACAGCCGCACCCUCAGCUCCAGCUCCAUGGACCUCUCCCGACGAAGCUCCCUGGUGGGCUAAUCCUGAAGGCGCCACCAGCGCCAGAGCCUCCUCCCGCCACUCUCCCUACCCCAGCCCUGCGCUUGGGCCUGCUGCUUGCCCGCCUGUCUCUCCCAAGAACCCGUCUUUUCUGUUCAAUCUCAGGGUAACCUCCUCCCUUGUCAUUUCUGCCUGAGCCCUGGAGGCUGGGCCUGCCUGUUCCAGCUCUGCCCCUUAUUUAUUCCUUCCAGCAGGGCCCCCUCUUCCCUAGGUUCAGGGCCAUGGGAGAGGCUAGCCCUGGUCUCCAAGGUAGACACUCAGUAGCCCCCCUCGCCACCCCCGCCCCCACCCCGGGCCAGGAACACGAAGCCCCCGCGUCCUCCAGCACCCCUGCCCUCGGCCCAUCGCUUCUGUAUAUAGAGAAAUAAGUUAUUGGCCGCGCCCUCCCCUCAGUUCAAGGUGUACCUGCCUCACCCCGCCCUUCUCCAGUGGUACCGCCCAGGCCUUAAUCACCCCCAUUUCGCGUGGUGGUAUCUCCCAGGCACCACCUUUCCGGGCGGCGCCUCCCCCAAGGGUCCCUGGGUCUUCUCGCGUCCCUCCUGGCCUCCGAGGGGCACCCCGCCCCACCAUCACCCCUCGGCGCCGGGCCUGUGCACUGCCCGCCCCCAGGCUCGGCCGGGCGCUGCGCCUCCCACGCCUGCUGCUUCGCGAGGGGCGGGGACGGCCGUGCCGGAUGGGCCGCCCCACUUCUGGGGGAGGGGGUGUCAGGCGGUCGCUCUCUAUUUUCAAAUGUUGCUGUAGAAAUAAAGACGGUUUG